CAGUGAAAGGAUAAGCGUAAUUUGCGAGGCAGCGGAUUGAAAAAUGGCUUCAGCUACGUCUUUAUAUCCUUCCACUUCACUACUACCAUUUUCUUCUUCUGAUUCCUCUUCUUCAUACUAUGUCCCUAGGCCCUUAUCAAUAUCAGCUAAUUGGAUUCCAAUUUCCUGCUUACACGACUAUAGUAAUACCACUUACUUCAAACACUUAAUCAGGAACCCGUUAUUCAGCAAUUCAAGAAACCCAAGGGUUACUUGCUGGGCUGCUGAGUACAAGUUCCCUGACCCCAUUCCUGAGUUUGCUGAAGCUGAAACAGAGAAGUUCAGGGCCCAUCUUCUCAAUAAACUCUCAAAGAAAGAUAUUUUUGGAGAUUCAGUCCAAGAAGUUGUUGGAAUUUGCACCGAGAUUCUCAGUACAUUCUUGCACACCGAAUAUGGAGGUCCUGGAACUCUAUUGGUCAUUCCUUUUAUGGACAUGGCUGAUACUCUAAAUGAGAGAGGUUUACCGGGAGGUCCACAAGCUGCACGAGCAGCAGUGAAAUGGGCUCAGAAUCAUGUUGACAAGGAUUGGAAAGAGUGGACUAGCAAGAAUAGCAGGUGAUAGAAGUACCUCGCAUCAAUUCCUGUCCUCUGUUAGCUAUUUCCCAAUUUAUCUAGGAAUGUGUGAAAAGAUUGCAACUGGUUUCUAAACUCUAUUGGGGUGAAGAAGGAUUGGAGUUUCCCGCAUCUUUGUGAGACAUGUCAUCCUAGUCAUGAUGGGAUUGAAUUUUGCCAAGAGUUGUAUGAGAGGAAUGUGCUUUUGGAGUGAGCAUUCUGAUAGGAUUUAGAAGCAGAUUUCACAAAAAACUACUGAAAAGACAUGGUAGAGAACUGUAUGAGCAUAAACUUUUGUAUCUUUUGUAGUUUUUGUCAAUCAAUAUUGUGAAAUUAUUCA